AUGAGAGAAAUCCUUCACAUCCAAGGCGGCCAGUGCGGCAACCAGAUCGGAGCCAAGUUCUGGGAAGUGAUCUGCGACGAGCACGGCAUCGACCACACCGGAAACUACAGCGGCGACUCCGAACUCCAACUCGAACGUAUCAAUGUGUACUACAAUGAGGCCAGUGGCGGAAGGUACGUUCCACGUGCCGUCCUCAUGGAUCUAGAACCGGGCACGAUGGAUUCGGUCAGAUCCGGCCCGUUCGGCCAGAUAUUCCGCCCCGAUAACUUCGUGUUCGGGCAGUCCGGCGCCGGAAACAACUGGGCCAAGGGUCACUACACGGAGGGCGCCGAACUCAUCGAUUCCGUCUUGGAUGUUGUGAGGAAGGAGGCCGAGAACUGCGAUUGCUUGCAAGGGUUUCAAGUCUGCCACUCUUUGGGGGGUGGAACUGGCUCGGGCAUGGGAACGCUUCUGAUCUCGAAGAUUCGGGAAGAAUAUCCUGAUCGAAUGAUGUUGACGUUUUCUGUUUUUCCUUCCCCCAAGGUAUCUGACACAGUGGUGGAGCCGUACAAUGCCACGCUUUCUGUCCACCAGCUUGUUGAAAAUGCGGAUGAAUGCAUGGUUUUGGACAAUGAGGCUCUCUAUGAUAUCUCUUUCCGUACCUUGAAGCUUGCUACACCAACUUUUGGGGACCUUAACCACUUAAUUUCUGCUACCAUGAGUGGAGUUACUUGUUGUCUACGUUUCCCCGGGCAGCUUAACUCUGAUCUUAGGAAGCUUGCCGUGAAUCUGAUCCCAUUCCCUCGUCUCCAUUUCUUCAUGGUUGGAUUUGCACCCUUGACAUCAAGAGGAUCCCAGCAGUACCGGAACUUGACUGUGCCAGAACUCACUCAGCAAAUGUGGGAUGCUAAGAACAUGAUGUGUGCUGCAGAUCCUCGCCACGGUCGUUAUUUGACCGCAUCAGCAAUGUUCCGUGGAAAGAUGAGCACCAAGGAGGUGGAUGAACAGAUGAUACAUGUACAGAACAAGAACUCUUCUUACUUUGUUGAGUGGAUACCCAACAAUGUGAAGUCCAGCGUGUGUGAUAUUCCUCCAAAGGGUCUUAAGAUGUCGUCUACUUUUGUUGGAAAUUCAACAUCAAUUCAGGAGAUGUUCAGGAGAGUUAGCGAGCAGUUCACAGCCAUGUUCAGGCGCAAGGCUUUCUUGCAUUGGUACACUGGUGAGGGAAUGGAUGAAAUGGAGUUCACCGAGGCUGAGAGCAACAUGAAUGAUCUGGUGGCAGAGUACCAGCAAUAUCAGGAGGCUACCGUUGAUGAAGAAGAAUAUUACGAGGAUGAAGAAGAGGAUAUUGGUGCUUGA